GGGGGAGCGGGCCGGGCCGGGCCGGCUGCCCCCGCGGUGACUCUCAGCGUCGCUGGGCGGGUGCGUCCCGAUAACAGCCGGCGUCUCCCGCGGGCUCUCUCGUUGUUUAUGUAUUUCCCAACGCCCCCGCUGUUUGUAACUGCCAGGCGGGCCGCGCUGCGCCGCGCUGAGGCGCAAGGGGAGUAAAACGCUUUUACAAGCGGAGCGGGGAGGUACGGGCUGCCCGAGCCGGGUCUUCCCGAAAAGCUACGCGCUUGUGCGUGGUCACACGGGUGCAGGAAGAAAGCAGGGCUUAGGGAGACUUACACACCUGUUAGUUCUUGCCAUCAAAUAUUUUAACGAAGUGCAACGUCAGUGAUAGAAAAAUGGAGGGGGAAAAAAAAAAAAGUUGCUUUUGAAAGAAAAAUCAUGAUUCGUGUCUUGGGAAAGAGUCAAAGGCUUCUCUGUAGUGCAUUUCUAAAUAAAUGUAAAUUUUAAAUGUAUCAAGUGGUUUUCAGUCAGGGUAAACGAAUCUACGUAAUUUCUGAACUUGUUGUGCUCUUGUGUUUUAAGGUUGUGUGGGAGUUGUGGAAUUUAUUUCAAAUUGGGAUGUUCUUCAAAAACUCUGCUAAAGCGGUCAUAAUGAAUUCUGCCUGUAUUUUCAAGGGCCUGGGUUUCAGCCCCCCAGCACACUCCCAUAACGACUGGAUUGGCCCCCCCGACAAGCACUCCAACCUGCGGCCGGUCAUCUUCUACGUGCCCCCCGAGGAGUCACCUCUGGAGCGGCGGCUGCGGGAGGCCCGGCAGGAGGCCCAGGCCUGCAACCAGCGCUUCUGGGCACGGCACAAUCGCACCUUCCACCAGGAAAAAGAAGAAUUUAUUUAUUCAAGACUGAAAGCCAAGGGUGUGGAAAUGAGAGAUGAAACAGGUCAAAAAGCAACACUGAACGUGGAAGAAAUGGCUGACUUUUACAAGGACUUUCUAAGUAAAAAUUUUAGAAAGCAUAUGGAGUACAACAGAGAUUGGUAUAAACGUAACUUUACUAUCACAUUCCUCAUGGGACAAGUAGCACUGGCGAGAGCUCUGAGGCGGCUUCGUUGGAAAAAGAAAAAUGUUGGAAAUUAGUGAUCACGGCUCCAUGAAGAAUGCAACACUAGCUAGGCCUGCUAUAAAUUUGUUAUUUAUAGUGAUCUUCAGAAUCUGAAUGACUAAUGUAAUAAUUGCUGAAUCUGUUUGUUAAACUAUGUAAAUAAAAGUUACCAUUGGUAUUAAUUUAUAAUCACUAUGUAGAUUUCCUUUACCUUUAUUCCAAGAAUAUCUAAAAUAUUUCCCAACCAAAACACAACUGAGAAAACCGUCAAAAGCUGUUCCUCGUUUACGUUAAAUGGAAGGGAUUACAACUGUCACAUUUUUACCGCGGAGUCAUAGCUCCUAAAUAACAUGUGAUUCAGUAUGCUGUACCUGAACUCAGGUCAGAGAAUGAUGUCUCCACCAACCAUAUUAGUAUAUAAAACCAAAAAUGCCUCAUUUUGUGGCAGUUGACUACUGUCUGGGGCAGUAGCUAUCCACAAGUAAUACAACGUGGCUGAAGGAACGCGUAUGAUUUGUGAGUAUAUGUACAAUCAGUUUAGAAUAAUCCUCUUUUCAGUGUGAUUAUUUCCUAUUUUAAUAAAGAUUGAAGAUAUAUUUCAUAUAAAUUACUAAUGCAAUAGGAUCUUCUUAGAUAAUUUUGUUUCAAUUAAAAGAAAUGUGCUCCCCUUGGACAAGAGUUCCUCUAACCUAUGAUUGGUAAAGAUUCUAGUUGCUGAGCAAUAAAACAGAUGCAUUGCCAGUCACUUAAUCUUGGUAGAAAAGGAAACUGAUACUUGGCUGUAUGGAGGAGAGCAACAUUAGCACUAAUACGCACUGCUUUCUGCUCGUUAAUUUCUUUCAAAAAAUGUGCUAUUCUCACCAGUUUCUCUGAGGCACUCAAAACAACUCACCUCAGGGUGAUUUUUCUGGCCUCUAGGUAUCUAACAUCAAUUGGAAGGAGGUUGGUUUAAGUGAAGUCUUAACAUGUUAUGCCAUAUAUCUGUAAUUUAAAAGAAGUUCCAUUCCUCAAAAUUUUCUCUCUGUCCGUUUAUACAGUUAAAUGAUUUUUUUGAUACAGUACCUACUAAGAGGAUUCUGUUAAAAAGAAUGUAUGUUGUCAAACGAAGCGUGUUUCCCUAAAGCUAUGCUGUAGGGAAGGUUCUGCUUUUGGAAACAUCAGCUCAGAGGCCAUUGACCUGUUUUUCAUAUCUAAACAUGACAUGAUUUAUUCACAGCUUUUUAUUUUUUCAGCUGGAGCAGAAAGAGCUUCAUCAAUAUCAACUGUAAUAAUUCCUUUGCAAGAUGAAAUAAAUAUUAAUGAUAGAGUAGCAGAUUGCACUGUUUCAUACAAUGAUGGUAUCAUCAUUGGGGCUAAAACAGUCACUGAAUUGUGGUUUUAACUUGUGUUAUUAAUAAAUGAAAACAGUCAUUAAUAGUGUUUGCUGAGGUGAUAGCCAACACUUCUAGGAAAAUAAUAUUUGUGAGUGUUAUUCAUUGCAUCAGUACUGUAAAAGGUAUAUAUUUAUUAAAAAGUUACAAAAUGCCACGUUUCUUUAGGAAAAUAAUUUUUUUAAAUAGACCACUGUGGGUAUGUAAUGUAAUUCUUCAGGGCUUUACAGUAAAUCGUAUCUUAGGGUAUAUAAGCUUUGACCACAAUGCAAAUGGACACUUUAAUAAAUAGUUCCAAGGUAAAAGAAUGGUAGGAUGAUAUAAGAAAAUACCCCUGAAAGGCAGAGACCAGAACCCCAAUGGACUGGUGGUUGAUAGCCAUAUGUUCUGACAGCCUAUGCAUAAGAUUCCGAAGGUAGUUUCACAUAUGCUUUAAGUGGGUAGAGGUCAAUCAAAAGAAGCAUUUUCAUCUUCCGAGUGGCUCACUUUUAUUAACACAGACGUUUUUGUGUCUGCCUGCUGAACCAGAUCAGGAAAUUGAUCACUACUAGAACUAAUCCAACAAAAAGUGUUACUAGAUGUCAGUUGAAUUAAUAUGCCUCAUCAUGCAGAUAUAAGCGUUCUGCUGUUGGCAUGAGGGAGAUGUGGGAAUUCAGAUGGAAGGUUUGGAUUGUGCUUCAGUCAAUUCAUAGUUAUAACUGUUCUCUGAACAUGUAAUUUUAGUGUUGGCCACCCCCAAAAAAUAUAAUCAGCAUAUGAUGGAUUGUGCUAGGAUUCUGCUCUGAGCUGCUUGUAGGUAAAGUUCGUGCCUUUAUGGCAUUGCCUUCAUUAAGAUUCUGUGUGGAGCACUGAGUCCCUUCAUGUAAAGCCUAUUGAAGGAGUGAGGUACUUAUCUAUUAGGUAAGUGUUGAGCUCUGAUUUAGAAUAUCUAAUAAAGCCACUGUGAAAAGAUGUUAUUAAAAAUAAUCCAUCUGAAAUUUUGAGUCUCAUUACGAAAACCACAUACAUUUACUGAGAUAAUUACAUUUUUGGGACAGCCAAAAGUCAUAUCGUUUUUGCUAUUGUUGCAUUACUUCUGUUUUUUUUUUUCUUGACUCAGAGCAGUUGUAAUAAGGCCAGCUGCUUUCAGAUAUUAUUGAUCAUAAAUCCUUUAUACAUCAAAGGAAGAAUAAGGAGCUGCCACAGACUACUAAAAAUAAUUUUUUUAUGUGUACAAAGGCCUGCUACAGUAACUGAAGCUAGUGAAAUAGAUCAAAGAGUGACUUUUCUGUGCACAUUUUCUGAGUAUAAG